AUGAAAUUUUUUGCAUUAACGUUCGCAGUAAUUUGUUGCCUCACCUCCACUCUUGCAAAAAUCGAGAUUGAAGACUCGGUUUUAGUUCUUACGAAAGAUAAUAUUGAAGAAGCUAUCGAACAAAACGAUUACAUGCACCAUGGUGUGGACAUUGUAAAGCUUUAGCUCCCGAGUAUGCUAAAGCAGCCAAAAAAUUAGAGGAGAGUGGUUUCCCUGUGAAAUUAGCCAAAGUUGAUGCAACUGUUGAAACGGAAUUAGCGGAAAAGCAUGGAGUUCGUGGAUAUCCUACUCUUAAAUUCUACCGUAAAGGAUCAGCUAUUGAUUAUGGCGGUGGUCGUCAAGCAGAUGAUAUUGUAAACUGGGUAAUCAAAAAGACUGGUCCAGCAGCUAAAGUUUUGACAACCGUUGAAGAAGCUAAGUCAUUUAUCGAAGCACAAAAUGUUGCCAUUGUUGGAUUCUUUAAGGAUGCGGAAUCAGAUGGUGCAAAAGUAUUUUUAGAAGUUGGUAAUGCUUUAAAUGAUAAUCAUGUAUUUGGUAUAAGUAGCAACGAUGAAGUUUUCAAUGAAUAUGGAACAAGUGAUGGUAAAGUUAUUUUGUUUAAAAAGUUUGAUGAAGGCAAAAAUGAAUUUAAUGACGAACUUGAUGUGAAAAAAUUGCAAAAAUUUAUCUCUGUACAUGCACUGCCAUUAGUUGUUGAUUUCAAUCAUGAUACUGCACAAAAAAUAUUUAGUGGUGAUAUUAAGAGUCACCUGCUUGUCUUCCUUAGUAAAGAAGCUGGUCACUUUGAAGAAUAUGUAGAGAAAAUUAAAGAACCAGCAAAGAAAUUCCGUGAAGAGGUUUUGUUUGUAACAAUUAAUGUUGAUGAAUCUGAUCAUGAACGUAUUCUAGAAUUCUUUGGUAUGAAGAAAUCUGAUGCACCUGCUAUGCGUAUUAUAGAACUUGAACAGGAUAUGGCUAAAUAUAAACCAGAAAAUCCAGAAUUAUCUAGUGAAAACGUUUUGGAAUUUGUAACUGCAUUUACCGAAGGCAAAUUGAAAAGACAUUUGUUUACACAGGAUUUACCCGAAGACUGGGAUAAGAAUCCUGUGAAAGUUCUUGUUGGUGCUAACUUCCAUGAAGUUGCAUAUGAUAAAAAGAAAAACGUUUUAGUUGAAUUUUAUGCUCCAUGGUGUGGACAUUGUCAAAAAUUAGCACCUAUAUAUGAAGCACUUGGAGAAAAAUAUAAAGACCGUGAAGAUUUAGUUAUAGCUAAAAUGGAUGCUACUGCAAAUGAAUUAGAAGAUGUAAAAAUUAUUAAUUAUCCCACAAUUACUCUCUAUAAGAAAGAAACAAAUGAAGCUCAGGAAGAAGAUGAAGAUGAUGAUGUGCCAAGAAAAGAUGAAUUAUAGAUAUUAUGUCAUCAAAUUCAAUAAUUUCUCAUAUCGUUUAUAAAUUUUGUAAUUCUGCUUAAAUGAUAUUAAUUUAUAGAAGACUUCUUAAUCAUUCGUUUCUACUUAGAUUUAUGAAUCAAAUUGUACGAUUAAAAUUUAUUUAUAGUUUUAUAUAGGUUUAUAUAUAUAUAUGUGUGUGUGUA